AUGGAGUUCACGGGGCCGGAGCACGCCGCCGGGACGCCGCCCGGCACGCGCGCGCCCUCCGAAGCCUCGUCGGGGAACAGCGGGGCGGCCGGGAGCGGCGAGGCGAGGUACCGCGAGUGCCUGCGCAACCACGCGGCCGCGCAGGGCGGGCACGCCGUGGACGGCUGCGGGGAGUUCAUGCCCUCCGGCGCCCACGACCUGCUCACGUGCGCCGCCUGCGGGUGCCACCGCAACUUCCACCGCAGGGACGACGGGCAGAAGCACCCCCGCCUCUUCCUUCCCGCGCCCGCCGCCACGCCGACGACGCCGACACCGCGCGUGCCGCUGCUCAUGCCGCCUCCGCCGCAGCACCACCCCUACGCGGCCGGCCACCCACACGCGCCGCCGUUCGCGUACAACCCCCACCAUUACCACUACCAACGCACACCCAGCGGCGGUGGCACGACGACCGAGUCGUCCAGCGAGGAGCCCAGCGCCGUCCCGCCCUCGACGUCGGGGCAGGGGCACGCGCACGGGCAGGCGCAGCGGCGGAAGCGGUUCCGGACGAGGUUCACGGCGGAGCAGAGGGAGCAGAUGCUGGCGCUCGCGGAGCGCCUGGGGUGGCGGAUGCUGAAGCAGGACGAGGCCCUGGUGGGGCAGCUGUGCGCGCAGGCCGGCGUCCGGCGGCAGGUCUUCAAGGUCUGGAUGCACAACAACAAGCACCACAGGAGGCAGCCGCAGGCGCCACAGUCCCAACAGCAGCAGCAACAGCACCAGUAGCCAUGGCAGGGGACAAGCGACUUGAUCUGGCCAUGGGAGGGGACAAGCUCAGGAAUCCCCACAUCAUUAUUUUUGUACUUCCGACCGGGGAAGAGGGAUCAUAUUGUGAAGUGAAGUGA